AUGUUUUCUCCAUAUCAGGUGCUCCCGUUCCUGGACAUCAUCAGCAAUGAGAUCAUUACUGAGGUCCGUCGUGAUGACAACGUCACAGAUGACCCCGAAGCCAUUGAGCACAACACCAAGAUGUACAACAAGGUCAUGAACACUAUUGAUACAUCCUUGUCCUUGCUAAGAGGCAAUGGUGCUGCGCAAGGCAUACACGCUUUUGAGGAUGUCUCCCUCAAAGCAAAUGGGCAAUCAGAACCGUUUGGAUUUGAAGCACCAAAGGACGCUUCAAAGCCAAUCGGAAAGACACCAGAGCAAAUCGCUGCGAUUGAAGAGGUCAGAAAGUUCCUCAAAGGUGAGAAGAGUAAGGGAGCGGCACUGACUAUGAACACCAUGGUCAAUGCGGCCACGCCAAUUCUCAACAAUUUUGAUGAAGUCCUGUCACAACCCAACCUCGAUAAGUAUAAUGCAACACUCAACACAUCACCCAUUGUCGGUCUAGCAGGUAGAGCUAUUAGGUAUUUGAACAAAACUGCCACAGGUGAUGGUACAGGGACAAUCACCGAAAGCUGGGCUCAUCUGGACAACCUGCCAGCUGAGGCUGAUACUACCAAAGGCGAGGUUCACAUGUUCCCGUACUUUGGGUCCUUCUAUCUAAGUGUUGGCCGGAGUCUAUGGCGGAAGGAACCUCGGCCUAUGACCGACAGCAAGCGUGCAGAAGCGAAGAACAACUGGCCAAAACUGUACCUCGACGGCUGGAAAAAAGUCGGCGAUCAAUGUAUGCCUGCAGCUGAUCUGGUCUCCGUUGCAGCACACGCUGAAAGCGUCACUGCGGACGCAAUGCCGACAUUCAACCUAUUCAUUGUUGACAAGGAUGGCAAAGUGAAAGUGUUCAAAGGCAAUGAUCUCAAAGACAACAUGACCUUCAGCGACGUCACAGUGACAUCUGGUGGGAAACCGAGUACUGUAAAGUUCAAGAACAUCUGUUACUAUGCUGGGAAGCUCUACGGUAUCGAUACAAGCUCGUACUCCUGGAGCAUCAAUCCCAAAGACAAAGACGUGACCAAGCUUGAGAUCAAAGACAAAACAUUGCAAGCAACGACUGAAGCACUGAGCUCCAACGAAGAAGGUCUGAUUGCUCUCCGCAACAAGAAGCUUUACCGUCAAAGAGUUUCGAAAGCCCUGGAUGAUGAGGAGAGAGCCAAGGAAGACACUUCUUGGAAUCUUGUGAUCGACAGUCCUGAGAUCACCCACAUCGGAGUUGCUGCGCCUGGCUCUUUGCUAGAUCUCAAAACUCUGACCCAGAUGUUACGUGAUCAAUAUUUGAAGACCCAGGUCGAUGUGAUGCCAAUGGUGAGGACCAUCAGUAGGUCCUCGAAGCAACACCUCGCACUCUUGAGGCUCAUGAGUAAGGAUGCAGACGAGUACGAGAAAGCAUCCGAUGAUAGCGCGAAAGCAAAAAUCAAAGAGCGAGCAGUCGCACGAGGUGUGCAGGGCGCAUUAAAAAUUGCUACCACCAUCAACAAAGCUUCCGUCAAUGCAUCUAACGCCAUUGUCAAUAUGGGUGUUGCUCUCAGGGGCAUCAGCAAAGAGCUUACAACCUUGCAGAAGCGCAUGGAGGGAGAACUUGCAACACUGAAGAAAACACUCGAAAGUCAGCAAGGAGCCCUGAAGAAGAUUCGAGAUGUGCAAUUUUGGAGUCUGGUUGUGAUACUCAUCUCGGCGGUGUUGAUCAUAUUGACAGCAGGUGUGGCCGCACCUGCUGUCGUGAUCGGACUUGGUUGCAUCUUUGCAGCAGCUUUCAUCGUCAACAAAAUAUACGAGUCGAAAGAGAGCGAGAUGAUGUCAGAUAUCGCCAAGACGGAGGCAAGUAUAUCAUCGUUGAACACGUCACUAAAAACAGUGAAGGCAAUCACGCCAAAAUUCGGUGAACUCGAAAUUCAGUACCAAGCCCUGAACAUGUUCUGGGGCCGGAUGACGCAAAAUUCUGGAGAUCUACUUGGAUGGACCAAAGACCUGGCUGACGAAUUAUUCGAUGACAUGUUCAGCAGUCUGACAAUUGAAACAGCCAAGGAAAAUGCAACGGACCUCGAAAGCGGCUCUCAGAAAUACCUUGACAUGCUGAAUGCUCAAGGCAUCAUCAUCCCAGAGUCGGGUACCGAUAGUGCAGGCUUCUCUGCAACAUUUUUGGAAGCUCCGAUCUCAAGCGAGACUACCUUUCAGGCCUUGAUCGAGGCUGUCAAUCAGCCCCUUGGAGACGACAUACAGGCGGACAAAACGGAGGUGACUGUACUAUCAUCUCUGCCUCAAUCAGCCUCAAGCAGAGAAUUCUCUGUGCAAACCGGAAAUUCAGAGCAUCAGGAGUUGAAAGGUCAAGUGUCACAUGAGCAUCAGUACUACAUCCCAAGCAGAGUCCAGCUUCUGACUGACCAGGCUUGUGUGAGUUAUUCCGACCAGGCCAUUAUGGCUUUGGAUAGAGGCGAUUUUGAUGCUUUCGAGGGACAUAUGGACGUCAGUACGCGACUGCUUGAUGCGCCUACUGUCCUCAAGGCAGACAUGAUUAUCAAGUCGGGAAAGUGGUUCGACAUAGACCUCGUCAAACAGGGGGUUUCGGUCUGGCUCAAUCCUGGACUGAAGGAACUCCUUGCGUACAACAAUACCACAUUAUACCUAGAUGGACUUGGGAGCGUCUCAAGUGGUAGCUUGCUGAUGGGAGCCAAAUUCAUCUCAGGCGCAGUUGUCAUGGACACUAUCAAGCUUGCGGGCAUCAUGCAGGAUUGGGCGAAAGACAUCAAUAAGGACAUGACAGACGAGCAAAAGCUUGCUCAGGCAAAGCCAUACCUCAGUAACGCUGCUGGUCUGUGUGGUGACCUUGCAAAUGUCACAGCGAAGCUCAAUAACGGUUUUAACACGAUCAAUCAUGCAGUCACGGAUGCCCGCAACAAGGUAGUCACAGAGAUCAAAGCACAAGAAGGACUCAUCAAUUCCACAAACAGUGGAUGGUGGCAGAAGAUGGGAUGGAUUCAAGACGAGAUCCCAAUGAUUACACAGCUCUUUUGGUCACGAGAAAGAUUGAUGAAGGCAAUCCAGGAUCGAGCUGAAGAUUAUGAUGCACAGCGCCGAAGAGACAUUCAACCAUUUGAAGACAAGAAGGCCACCCUGGAAAAGCUUCGUGAUAGCGGAGUCAUUUAUCAGAACCAGCACCUGAAUUGGGUUGACCUUGUACAAAAGAUCAGCAUGCAAUUUGGCCGCAUUUGGUCGACGUUGGUUGGCGUCCAGAGCGGGAUCAAAGAGGACAUCGUCUUCAAUUCGACCAUCAUACUCGAAAUCGACUGGCCCGAGUUGAAGAGUAAUGCUCAAGAAGUCUUGAGUUUGCUUAAUGUCCCUGCCAACUUGGACCUUCCUAGUAUGCUGAGGAGUGGCUUGACGUCCAACUUUGCGACGGCCUCAGCUAUAGCUGCAGCAGAGAAUUUGUUCUCUCUUGAGGCUCCUGCGAUUGACGGUCAAGAGCCGGCAGAUUUCGAGAGUGCCGAAGCUCCUAUGCAGUUCGCUUUGCAGGCCCAUCCUGUGCUGGAGACCUCGUUGUCGGACGGGGCGAAUGAAACUCGAGAGUUCUUCAAGGACGUCAGAGCCAUCCUCGUCUUGCCUCACGUGCAAACCAUCAAGGGUUACGAGAACACCAUCGGUACAGUCUCGAUACACAGCGGUAUGUCAGAGACUAUCACGAUGUAUGUGCGAUGUUUUGUCCUGAUUGGGAAAGCGUUGAAUCGCUUGAGGGCUUUGUCUGCUGUGCAAGGCAAGCGUCUCAAGAAGCUUGAAAGCAAAGACAUUGAAUGGAUGACUUUCUACAAAGGCACACAGCAAGCGAUUAUUGACGCAUCACGAUAUGUCGGCACAGCAAAAGAUGGUCUCGAGAAAUCAUACAAGGAGUUUCAGAGUCUUUCCAAGUUGAUCAAGGACAAUCGUGACAUGUUCGACGCCAAGAUCAAACCCGUUGAUGCGCUCAUGGCUGUCAAACAGAAAGAAGUGGAUGACUACAUCUUCCAGCUUGGUGCCGAUGCCGCAGCAGUGAUGUUUGUAGGUGCUGCUGCUGGCUUAGCAGUCGUCGCAGGACCAACUGUCGCCUUCAAGGCCGCCAGUGCUGCUCUGGAAGCAGCUAACAAAGUCGACGGCUUCAACACGAGAAACAUCUUCAAGACAUUCUACAGUAAGAUGAACUGGGAUGAGUUCAAGGCAAGCAUGACCAGCCUAAGUGCCCUCAGGGAUUCUUUGAAAACAGCAGUGGACUCAUUAGACGGCCUUCAACAGUCUUUCAGCGACACUUUGAAGUAUGGAAAGGACUUGGAGAGCCAGCUCAGAGAGACUCAACAACGUCUGACCGAUUUCGAGACGGCAAGAUUGAUCCGUACGGAGAAGCACGGUCAGGAUGCUGCGGCUGUGUUAGCGGACUACUUGAAGGACGUCAACUUCGAGGAGCUCAUCAAGGGUUGGGACACGGUCGGUGACAGAUCUGACUACUGGAACGAUGUGUUUAAUGCGCAGGGAUAUCUUCUCCCGAAUGACUUGGAGCUGAAGUAA